AUGCAAAAACUAAUAGAUGAAUUAAACUUACCUUAAUACUAAUAAGUAGAAUAAGUAGUUAGAAUAUACACCUUUUUCAAGACAAAAGAAUUGAAUCUGUAAAUAAAAUUUACUUUUGAUGAUAUCUACUAGUGUUUGGUAUUGAAAUUAAACUCAAAAUUUAGCUGAAUAAUGAAAAAGCAUUUUUGAUUGAAUAUUUAGUUUGCUUUUAUUUGGAAGUGCAUUUAAAUGAUAUACAUCAUCCUUAUAUAUAAUUAUUGAUGAAUCACAAGUAUAUUACAUAAAUAAUUUAGUCGAUGUAUACGUUAAUGUUUGAUUUAUAAUGAGAUGACAAAUAUAUUAAGAUUUUUAAUAGAACAUCAUAAAAUUACAGAUGCAAUAACUAUUCCAGAUGAAUUAUUUCAUGAAUUAGAUUUUGAAAGCAAAAUAGAGAUCUUAAUAUUUAUUGUUAAUAUAUUAGCUUUUUAAAGUAAAUGGUUUAAUGGUGUAAUAUAAAAUAAAAUACAGUUAUUUUAAAAAGGAAUUGUAAAAGAAAAGAAAUAGGAAUCAAAAAAAUAAUGGUAAGAAGAACUUCAUGAAUUAUAUGGUUAAUAAGAAGAAAUAAUUACUGAAGAAAGAAAGAUAUAGAGUAGAAGACAAUAAGGUAUAUCACAUAAGAAGAGGAUAAAGGAAAUUGAAAAAGAAAAAGAGUCGCUAAAUGAAAGGAUAUUUAAAUUAAAUAAUUUGAUUGAUACAGAUGUUUAAGAACUACAAAAAUUUGGUGUAAAUUCGAUGAAAAUAAUAUAUAGAGAUAAAGAAUGUUGUGUUUGGAUAAUUUUAGCAAUGCCUGAUUAUAUUUUAAUAAAAGUAAAUAAGACUUUUAGUUUAAUUUAUGGAGCUGAGAUUUAUGAGUUUAUAAACAAAUUAGAAGAUAAUAAAUUGAAAGAAUCUUUAGAAGGUGAAUAAUUUAGUUAGGAUAAGAGAUAAGUUCAACUUAAUUAAAAAAUAGCGUUUUAAUUAGAUUAAUAUGGUUUAAGUCAAUAUAAAAAGGAAGAUGGAAAUCCAAAUUAUUUAAUAUUUUGUUAAGAGGUUAAUAAUUUAGAUGAAAUUCUAACAAAUAUGAUAUUGGAAAUAGAAGAAAAAAUAACAUUAUUUUUUCGAUAAUAUUUGAAGUUAAAUUGGACAUAUCCAGUUAAUAGAAAUAUUUGGAGAGAAGAAUUAAGAGAAGGCAAACAAUAAGACUAUAUUUAUUCAUUUCUGAGUAGGAUUGGAUAAUUUAGGAGUAGAUUUUAUGAUUUUGAUAAUGAUGAUGAAAUUCCAGAUAAUUAUAGAGACAAAAAAAGUAUGAUAUUUUAAUAUAUAAUGAUUAGUACCUUUAUUUUAUUAUUAUAAAAAUUUAGGUUAAGAUUUAUAGGAAGUUUAGAAUUGUGAUUAUGCAUAUGUAUUAAUAAUAUAUUGGCGAGUUUUGAUUUAACAAAAUAAAAUAAUAGAAAGAUAGAAAGAGAAAUUAAUAGAAUAAGCAGAUUAGAUAGAGUUAUAAAAUAAUAAAUCUCUUUAGAAAUCUAUAUAGUCUAUAAAACCAAAAAGAGCAUAACGAGCAAUAAUAGAUGAUGAUGAUGAUGAAGAUUUUGAUUUAAAUUCUUAUUAUUAUCGAUGA